AUGGGCAAGGAUAAGACCUCGUUCAAUCUCAAAACCCCCAAGGGGACCAAGGAUUGGGCCGGUUCCGACGCCCUCCUCCGAGACCGCAUCUUUUCCACCAUCGCCGACGUCUUCAAGCGCCACGGCGGUACUGCCCUCGAUACCCCCGUCUUUGAGCUGCGCGAGAUCCUGGCUGGCAAGUAUGGCGAGGACUCCAAGCUCAUCUACGACCUGCAGGACCAGGGCGGCGAGAUCUGCUCCUUGCGCUACGAUUUGACCGUCCCCUUCGCCCGCUGGCUCGCCAUGAACUCCGACGUCCGCAACAUCAAGCGUUACCACAUUGCCAAGGUCUACCGCCGUGACCAGCCUGCCGUUAGCAAGGGUCGCAUGCGCGAGUUCUAUCAGUGCGACUUCGAUAUCGCCGGUGCCUUUGACCCUAUGGUCCCGGAUGCGGAGGUGCUGCGCAUUGUGAGCGAGGUGUUUGAGGAGCUAGGUUGGAAUGGCCGUUAUACAAUCAAGAUCAACCACCGCAAGAUCCUUGACGGUGUCUUCGCUGUUUGCGGUGUGCCGGAGGACAAGAUCCGGCCCAUCUCCAGUGCUGUUGACAAGCUGGAUAAGAUGCCAUGGGCGGAUGUGCGCAAGGAGAUGGUUGAUGAAAAGGGUCUCGACGGUGCUGUCGCGGACCGCAUUGAGACAUAUGUCAUGCACAAGGGUGGUCGUGAGCUGCUCGACCGUCUCAUGAAGGACGAGACCCUCAACGCCAACGAGUCUGCCAAGGCCGGUCUGACCGAUAUGGGUCUUAUGAUCGACUACUUGGAGGCAUUUGGUGUGCUGGAUAAGAUCUCUUUCGAUAUGUCUCUGGCCCGUGGCCUGGAUUACUAUACUGGUGUUAUUUACGAGGUCGUCACCGAGGGCUCUGCCCCCGCCGUGCAGUCUGACGCCCCGGAGGCUCAGAAGGUGCAGAAGUCCUCCAAGAAGGACAAGAAGACUUCGGAGGACGAUGACCGAUCCAACGACCCUACUCUUGGAGUCGGCAGUGUCGCUGCCGGUGGUCGUUACGACAACCUCGUGGGUAUGUUCCUGCCCAAGGCUCAGAUUCCUUGCGUUGGUGUCUCAUUCGGUGUCGACCGUAUCUUCUCGAUCACCAAGGCCCGUCUUGAGCGUGACCAGGCUGCUCAGGGUCUCCGCCGGAGUGAAGUUGACGUCUACGUCAUGGCCAUCGGUGGUAAGGGCUUCAACGGUAUGCUCAAGGAGCGUAUGGAGAUGUGCCAGAAGCUGUGGGACGCCGGCAUUAAGGCCGAGUUCAACUACAAGCUGAAGCCUAAGCUCCAGCAACAAUUCAAGGCUGCCGAGGAAGGCGGCAUUCCCUUCGGCCUGAUUCUCGGCGAGAGCGAGUUGGCCGAGGGUAAGGUCCGUAUUAAGGAGCUUGGUCUCAAGCUUCCCGAUGGCCACCCUGAGAAGGAUGGCGUCGAUAUCGAGCUUGUGUCUCUGAUUCCAGAGCUCAAGGCCCGUCUCGAGAAGAAGCAGUCCGGUUCCGAAGUCAGCCUGGCACAGCAACUUCAGGGUAUGCAGGUUUAA